UUACAUAAGGGCACUUUAGUGUUGGUCUGGCUGUACAAGUACCAGUGAUCGCAGAACGAUAAGAACCUGGUACAUGCACUCAGAAAGCCAGGUUACAAAGAUAGAAAGAGGGAGCAAGCAAACACAUUUAGAGUAACUGAAGCACUCAGACUUCAACAGGAAUUUUAAACAGGACUGUUUUUGGAGCGUCUACUGACAGAUUCUUACUUUUGGAUUUAGAUUUUGGGGGAGGACUCACACUGAUAACCACAACAAAUUCAGAGGAAAGCAGGUAACACCACCAGGAAGAGAUGAUGGCAGAGUGACCAGGAAGUAUACACAGUGACUCACGGCUCUUUUGUCUGGAAUUUUCUGACAGCUGGAAUUUAAGGUUUACAGAAGCAAAUCAGACGUGAAUGUUGACACAGCCAGCAGAGAGAGACGCACUGCUGCAGUCAGGACCUACGGAGGAACCACCACACUGGCCUUUUUGGAGCUUUUUCACAGUCUAAUUGUGGUCUCUGGAGUCUGAUUUCCUCAAAAGAACUUUUAACGCUGUCAGUAAUGUCAGAAGGGGAAGAGUUGUCCUACAAGGAGGCCAUUGAGAAGGCCACCUCCUCCAUCACUCGCUUCCCUCUCAUCCACAUCAGAGGAGUUCCUCUCAUGUCCCAUAUCGCCUACAACUGGGACUCCAUCUCGGCUUUUCACCCUGACCCAUCAGAUCUCCUCAUUGCCACCUACCCCAAAGCAGGGACCACAUGGACCCAAGAGAUAGUUGACCUGCUUUUUCACAAUGGAGAUGCCGAGGCCUGUAGAAGAGCACCCACGCCCGUCCGCAGUCCCUUCCUAGAGAUCUGCUCCCCACCCCCAAUCCCCUCAGGUCUUGAUCUACUGAAAAAAAUGGAUCCUCCAAGAGUUAUCAAGACACAUCUUCCUUUCCAGUUGGUGCCUACAGGAUUCUGGGAAAACAGAUGCAAGGCUAUCUACGUGGCAAGAAAUGCCAAAGACAAUCUGGUGAGCUACUACUACUUCGACCUUAUGAAUAAGACUCAGCCUGAGCCAGGACCUUUUGAGGGCUACAUUGACAAGUUUAUGCAAGGAGAGUUGUCAUGGGGUUCCUGGUAUGAUCAUGUAAAAGGUUACUGGAUGGAGAAAGAGAAGAAGAAUAUCCUUUACCUCUUCUACGAGGACAUGAAAGAGAAUCCUCGGCGUGAAGUGGAGCGCAUCAUGAAGUAUCUGGACCUGUCAGUCUCUGACAAGGUCAUCAGCCAAAUCGUGGAGCUCACAUCCUUUAAGAGCAUGAAGGAGAACCCAAUGGCAAACUAUUCCUGCAUCCCAUCACCUGUUUUUGAUCAGUCCAUCUCACCCUUCAUGAGAAAAGGUGAAGUAGGCGACUGGAAAAACCAUUUCACCCCAGAGCAAUCAAAGAAGUUCGAUGAAGACUAUGAAAAGCAGAUGAAAGAUGUCAACAUACCUUUCAGGAGCCUCAUCUAAAAGAUUUUGUGUUUCGUUCUGCAAACCAAAGGCCGAUGAACUGACACUGUGCAGCACUCAAACAGCAGAAACAAUGUCAGAAUUCUUGGCACAAGCUAAAAACCAAAACGAACAAUGUCAAAAUACAAAAAAAAAAAAAAAAAAAAAACUUCACUUAUUAUGUUUAAACUUCACUUAUUAUGUUUGGAUAUAAACACUGUAAUCGCUGCACUUAAUGACGUGUCUAUUAAAGGAAAUCAUCCAUGUACGUGUGUAAAGAAUGAAUAAAAAUGUGCUCCACAAUGCAA